AUGUCAUCUGGAAAGACUUUCACAUUGAGCAACGGAGUGACCAUCCCUGCCGUUGGUUUUGGUACCUUCGCCAGCGAGGGCUCUAAGGGCGAGACUUACGCUGCCGUCACUGCUGCCCUCAACACAGGCUACCGUCACCUUGACUGUGCUUGGUUCUACCUCAAUGAGGAUGAGGUCGGUGAGGGCAUCCGUGAUUUCCUCAAGGCCAACCCCUCCGUCAAGCGUUCCGACAUCUUCGUGACCACCAAGGUCUGGAACCACCUGCACCGUUACGAUGACGUCCUCUGGUCCAUCAACAACUCUCUCGAGCGUCUGCAGCUCGACUACGUUGACCUCUUCCUUGUCCACUGGCCCAUUGCUGCCGAGAAGGAUGGCCAGGACAAGCCCAAGAUUGGCCCCGAUGGAAAGUACGUGAUCCUCAAGGAUUUGACCGAGAACCACGAGGAGACAUGGCGUGCCAUGGAGAAGCUGUACGCCGAUGGCAAGGCCAAGGCCAUUGGUGUGUCCAACUGGACCAUCCCCCAGCUUGAGGCCAUGGCCAAGUUCGCCAAGGUCCAGCCUAUGGUCAACCAGAUUGAGAUCCACCCCUUCCUGGCCAACGAAGAGCUGGUGCAGUACUGCUUCGCCCACAACAUCCUGCCCCAGGCCUACUCGCCUCUGGGCUCACAGAACCAGGUCCCCACCACAGGCGAGCGUGUCAGCGAGAACAAGACCCUGAACGCUGUUGCCGAGAAGGGCGGCAACACCCUCGCCCAGGUUCUGAUUGCCUGGGGUCUGCGUCGUGGUUACAGUGUGCUCCCUAAGAGCUCCAACCCCAAGCGCAUUGAGUCCAACUUCAAGAGCAUCGAGCUCAGCGAUGCUGACUUCGAGGCUGUCAACGAGGUGGCCAAGACCCACUACUGCCGCUUUGUGAACAUGCGGGAUACCUUCGGCUACGAUGUCUGGCCCGAGGAGACUGCCAAGGGUCUUUCUAUCUAG